AUGCAAUUGCAGGCAUUUAUAUUCUGCGGUGAAGGUGAGAGGCUGGAGCCGUUUAGUGUGCUGCGCGGCGGGGAUGCUGCCGCGGCCGGGUCCAGUGCUGGGGACGGUGUAGAUUCGCAGCAGGUGCGGUUGCCCAAGGCUCUGCUUCCUAUUGCGAACAGGCCAAUGCUUGAGUAUGUGAUUGACUGGUGUGACCAGGGUGAUUUUAGCGAGAUCAAUGUGGUGGCCCCCGCUGGGGAGCUCAUUGAGACAAUUCAGCAGCGGCUGGCCGAGUUUUUGAAGCUGCGGCAACAACAGUUUGGGAUGAUCAAGCAGGGGCUAUCGUUGAACAUCCACAGCCACUACUCGCAGGAGUGGAAACAGAUCAAUUUCAUUCCAUCGGAGUAUGCGUCCCUUGGGGAGUGUCUACAGCACGAUCUGUUGCCGCGGAUUGUUUCCGACUUCGUGCUCUUGCCCUGUGAUUUUAUCACGGAUGUGCCGCCACAGAUUAUGGUCAACCAGUUCCAGAACAGGGACGACGAGAACCUCGCCAUGGCCGUAUACUACAAGAACGCAACAGACCCGCCUCCAUUCGAUAAGAAGCAAGUACCACCGACAGAUUAUACCUUGUACAGCACCAACGAGGACUCGAACAAACAGCCCGUGCUUCUUGAUGUGUACACGAGUAACAACGUCCAUAGGACCAAAUACUUGCAAGUUCGCUCGCAUCUUUUGUGGAAAUACCCAAACACUACGGUCUCGAAGAGAUUACUCAACGCGUCGAUCUACUUCUGCUCCGUGGAAUUGUGUACUCUGCUGAUGAAGCAGGGGAAGCAAAGAAGGGAGAGUAACAACGCACACCACAGCGAGGCGGAGAGUGUUCACACGGAGGACGAUGACGAGGGCGAGGACAACAACAAUAGGAAUGAACCGGGGAGUAACAACAGCACUGCGAUCUACCCUUCGUACUUCAAGCAUAACAAAAACACCAUGGUCCCAGACCCAAUCUCGAUGAAAUCCUCCUUGGAGAAACUGUUCAGGGACUUGGCGCGGAGAUCCUGGAAACAUGUGACACCGGCAAGGGAAACCGUCGGUGUGUUCGUCCUCUCGCAACCAGACCUGACCACUUUCGUCCGUGCGAACAACUUGUCCACAUACAUGGACGCGAACAGAUUCAUCCUCAAGAUCAAGUCGAUGACAAGAAACCUGAUGACUUCAUCUUCUGCGAUCGGCGCGGACGCGCUCGUGGACCCAAGCUGUCGCCUGGGGGAGAAGACCUCGAUCAAACUGUCCGCGCUGCGCAACGCAGUACAAGUCGGGAACAAGUGCCGUAUCUCAGGAUCUGUCCUCUCUGAGGGCGCCGUCGUCGAGGACGAGUGUAUCCUGGAUAACGUGAUCCUGGGACCGUAUGCCCGCGUGGGCAAGAAGUCCAAACUGACCAACUGCUACGUCGAGGGCGGUUUCAUCGUCGAGGAAAAGAGCAUGUACAAGGGGGAGACUCUGGUUGUAUACGGCGGGGAGGACACAGAGGAUUACGAGAGCACAUUCGUGGGCUCGGACACGGAGAGUGCGCACCUGAGCAGCGACGCUAUCUACAGCAGUGGCGACUCAUCCCAGGGCGACUCGGACGGGAACGAAGUCAUGGCUUACGACGAGGAGGACGAGUUCGAGGACGACGGUCUCUUCGAAAGGUGA